CCACGUGCGAGGGAGGUAGUGUACAUGUGCUCCGUCAACACUGCUCGCUGUAUACAGUUCACUCUGCCAUUUGUUUCAUCACUGUGGCAUUUUUUCGGUUGAGACGAGUAGGAAACUGCAUCAAGCUAACGUCGUGCGAAGUAUUACCUGUGUAAAGCAUAUGAACCGCUGCCAACUGCACUAUAUCCCAGACCAUGAGUCAUGGCUGAUAUAUAUAAUGGUUUGAGACUCACCAUUGCUAUUGAAAACUGUGGAAGACGGGUCAUGUACAAGAUAUUCCUCUUAGGAACUCCCGACAAAUCUAACACUACGAACCUGAUUGAUUACCUGGAGAACUUGCCGCCUACAUCAUCAGCAAACUACUUAAAAGUCACUGAACAAAAUAAAAAGUUUGACACAACGCAAAAUGGGUUAAUUGCCAAAAGUCCAGACGGUUCAGAGUUUGAUGUAUCACUGCUUUUUCUCUGUAUCAAACUGGCUUGUGAGAAUGUGGCCCAAUUCAAUGACCCAAAAUGGUGGACCCCAAGUACAGAAAUGGAGUACUAUGUCACUGCUUUAAAGAAUAUGAGAAACUAUUCUGUUCAUGGUAAACUUGCCAUUACUGACAAUGAACUUUUGGAAAAGACAAUGGUACUUGGAGAGCUCUUAACUGGCUGUCUUAAGACAUCUGGAGAGCGGUAUGCGCUUGACAAGGCUAAAGUAAACGAGGAGAUCAGACAGGUGAAGCAUGACCUGGACCAAAUACAGCAAAAGAUUCUUGGAGAAGAAGAUUUAAUCAGAUAUUGCAGUAAAGAAAUACAUAAGCUUAUGAUUGAAGAUAGCACCGAGACACUGAAGAAGAUCUUCCACAACAUUGUUUGUAUUAACCCAGUGUCUUUCAUCACCGAUAACCUGCGUCUUGAGGCAGACAAAGUCUUUGUUGAUAUCGAAGUCAAGCAAGGAAAACAUAGAGGUGAAGGUGAACAUAUAGACUAUCGAGACCUUCUCAAAUUUGUCGAGAUCCCACUUGCACAUCCUGAUACAAGCGCUGCCUCCCAUCAACAGAGUCCACUUGCACAUUCUGCUACGAGCGAUGCCCCCGACCAACACAAUCCACUUGCACAUUCUGCUACAAGCGCUUCCUCCCACCAACAGAUUUCCUCCGCACGACCUAAAAUACUUCUGCUUGAAGGUUUGGCUGGAAGUGGUAAAACCACUCUGGUGUCAAUGGUAACACGGGAUUGGAUAAAAGAAGGUCAAGGUAAGAUAAAAGGCCUAGAUAAUUACGACCUCAUGCUAUGGGUACAAUGCAGGGACUCUACCUUACUCUCCUACCAGGACCUCCUGGACCGCUUAAUGCCAGAUGUAUCAUUAAAAUUUAGGAGCCUCUUGCCCAGAGUGCUGAAACUUUGUAAGUUGCUAAUCAUAGUCGAUGGCUUGGAUGAAAUUAAUGAAAGCUCGAGGAAACUCAUGAACAGUCUUUUACACGAAUUCAAGAAUUCUUCUAACACAGCUUUCAUGUGCACGUCACGACCGGAAAAACUUGAAAUGUUUAAGACGACGAUUCCUCCAGAAUAUGACAUAACAUUUGCUGAGCUCCGAGGCAUACUUGAGCAUCUGAUUCUCGAGUUUGUGCAUCUAAGUCACGUGGAGAUAGAGAAACAAACAAAUAGUAAACGAAGCACUGAACGACUCGUCAGAGAGGUGGAGAAAUUGAAAGGUUUUCAGGAGUACUUAUCGCUACCAAUGAACUUGAUAUUGUUAGUAUACAUCUGGGACCAGGCCCCAGACGGGCUAAACAUAGCGACUGUCACUCAAACAGAACUCUACAAUAAAAUUCAUCAUCUGUGUCAAAAAAAGUUAUUUGCGAGAUUGGCCAAUCAUCCACGAACUAACCUCAUUCCUCAACAAAUUCUACAGAAUAAGAUCCAACUAAUUUUGAUGGACAUAUAUCUGACAGCACUUGAGUCUCUCUCCCAUGACCAGUUGAUCCUUGAGGAUGAAAAAGUAAACCAACUAAUAACUGCAUGUGAGAAGCAAGGUCUACCUCAUGAGGAGCUGUUGUCAGCGUUCCUGAGCUUAAAACCUACUUGGACAUGGGAAGGCAUCCGGGAGCAGUAUUCUGCACCCCACAAGGGAAUCCAAGACUAUUACAGUGCUAUGCAUAUUGUGAUGGCCCUUAAGUGCCAAUUGCUGUCUCCUACUUUCCCACUUAUGUCUUUCCUGAAACUUUACGUACCGGCAGCGUCGCCAGGAUUUAUUUGGAAAGUGUUGAAACAGAUUAUCAAAACAGCCGAGAUGGACAUGACUAAGUACCAAAAUGUUCUGGUGCAUGUGGCCGGGCUGCUACACCUGACCCUGGACUGCGUGCCCGAGGCCCUGGCGAGGGAAGUUGUUGACCUCCUGCAUGAGUCAGGAAUGAGGCACGAGGAUCAUUGGCUUGACCUCCUCAAGAACACCAAAGUCGCUCCUGUCACAGCUAAGUAUGUGGCUCCUUUUAUCAAUACUGAUAAAGAUAUAGAGAUAAGUGAUAACAGUGUGAGGAGCUAUGAGGCUCUUCUGCCACACCUCAAGCCAUGCAGGGUGCGUAUUGUUGCCAAGAGUGAUCCUGCUGACCUGCCUCGCCUGCCAGACCUGCUGGCUGGCCUCGCCCACCAUCACUGCAUAGAGCUGAGUUUGGAACACCACUACUUCCAUGAUGAUGACGCAACCACUUCCGACCACAUCCUUCAACGUAUACAGUCUCGGUGA